ACGGCAACCUCAUCAAAUUUUUUAUUAACAUAGUUUUACUCAACAUACGAGGAGUUCCCGCAUGUCAGUCCAAAGCACUUGCAAGAGUUUCUGGCUUUCUACAUGUUGCAUUCGCAUUUCGCUGUAAUGAACCAGAAAGCUCUAUAUACUACUAGCGGUGUUGUAAUACUUGUUUGUCGUUUUUGGGUAUGUCGAAGUCUGUUCUAUCUCGUAUCAAACCUCGUCACAUAACCAAGCUCAAACCAAGUCUACCCCUCUAUCCCUCUUCCACAAACAUCAACAAAAUAGUCAACCAAGUCUGCGACAUCCUCAGAACUCGUCACAUUCAAUGGGAACAGACUCUUGAAACCAAGUUGUCUGAGUGCGAGGUUGUGCCAUCAGAUAUUGCCCACUUGGUGUUUGAUAAAAUUCAAGACUCAGAAUUGGGCUUGAAGUUCUUUUAUUGGGUUACUGAUCGACCUUAUGGUUGUUCACUUGACGCCUCUGCUUAUUCUUCUCUCUUGAAGCUUUUAGCGAGGUUUCGGGUUUUUGCAGAGAUUGAAAGUUUGCUGGAGAGUUUGAAUUGUGAGGAGGGAUUGGUUAGUUGUGACGCGGUGGAUUGUGUUAUUCGUGCUUAUUCGUAUAGUGGGCUGGUCGAUAAAGCUUUGGAGUUCUAUACAUUUGCAAUUGAGAAAUGUGGCGUUGUUCCGAGUGUUGUAGGGUGUAAUGCGAUGCUUGAUGUGCUUGUGCGGGUUGGGAGAUUUGAUGUUGCACGGAGAAUUUAUGAUGAAAUGGUUGAGAGGGACAAUGGGAGUGAGGAUUCGUUUGUAGAUAAUUAUAGUACUUGUAUAGUCUUGAGAGGGUUGUGUAAGGAAGGGAAGAUGGAGGAGGGUAGGAAGUUGAUUGAGGAUAGAUGGGGACAAGACUGCGUACCCAAUGUAGUUUUUUAUAAUACUCUUAUUGAUGGAUAUUGUAGGAAUGGUAAUGUUAGUGGAGGUUAUUUGCUUUUUAAGGAUUUGAAACGUAAGGGAUUUUUGCCUACUAUGGAGACAUAUGGCGCACUUGUGAAUGGAUUUUGCAAGAAGGGGGAUUUUGUCUCGGUUGAUAAAAUGUUGAAAGAUAUGAAAUUAAAUGGUUUGUCAGUGAAUGUUCAAGUGCAUAAUAACAUUAUUGAUGCUCAAUAUAAGCAUGGUUGUCCAGUGAAAGCAGCUGACACAUUAAGAAAGAUAAUGGAGAGUGGUUGUGAGCCAAAUAUAGUGACAUACAAUACUCUGAUUGCUGGUUCUUGUAGUACUGGGAAUGUUGGGGAAGCUGAACAGCUUCUUGAACUGGGAACGAAGAGGGGAUUAAUACCCAACAAAUAUAGUUAUACUUCUCUUAUACAUGUCUAUUGCCAGCAGGGAAAUUUUGACAAGGCCUCGCAUCUGCUUUUCCAAAUGACAGAGGGCGGACACAAAGCUGACCUCUCAACCUAUGGAGCCCUUGUUCAUGGGUUUGUGGUAGCAGGCGAGGUUGAUGUUGCAUUAUCAAUAUUGGGAAAAAUGAUGGAGAACGGAGUUUCACCGGAUGCAGCUGUUUACAAUGUUUUAAUUAGUGGACUUUGCAAAAAAGGGAGACUUCGGUCUGCAACAGACCUGCUUUCUGAAAUGCUUGACAGAAAUAUCCUGCCUGACGCGUUCGUAUAUGCCACUGUCAUAGAUGGAUUUAUUAGAAAUAGUGCACUUGACGAGGCAAAGAAACUAUUUGAGCAGAAGAUAGAGAGGGGUAUAGAUCAUGAUAUUGUGGGGUAUAAUGUAAUGAUUAAGGGAUAUUGCAGAUUUGGAAAGAUGGAUGAUGCAGUGUCAUGCAUCAAUAGAAUGAUACAGGAACAUAUUUUUCCAGAUGACUUUACAUUUUCGACGAUUAUAGAUGGAUAUGUAAAGCAGCAUAAUUUCAAAGCCGCAUUAGGGAUUUUCAGUCAAAUGUUGAAAAGGAACUGCAGGCCAAAUGUUGUGACUUACACCUGUCUAAUUAAUGGUUUUUGUCGCAAUGGAGACUCCAUCGGAGCUGAAAAUUUAUUCAGGCAGAUGCAGUUACAUGGAUUGAUGCCCAAUGUUGUCACUUACAGUAUACUAAUUGGUAGCUUCUGCAAGGAGGGCAAACUUUCCAAAGCAGCAUCUCUUUUUGAACAAAUGUUGGUUAAGAAAUGCAAUCCCAAUGAUGUCACCUUCCACUAUUUAGUGAAUGGAUUCUCAAAUAAUGCAAUUUCUGCAAUCUCUGAAGUGCAACAUGAAUCUCAGGAGCAGAAUAAGUCUCUGUUUCUAGACUUCUUUAAAAGGAGUAUGUCAGAUGGUUGGAGUCCACAAAUUGCUGCCUAUAAUUCCAUUCUUAUAUGCCUUUGUCUGUAUGGGAUGCUUAAAACUGCUCUGCAGAUGAAUGAUAAGAUGGCCAGUAAGGGCUGUCUUUCAGAUUCUGUUACCUUUGCUGCACUGCUACAUUGUAUCUGCUUGGAAGGAAAAUCGAGUGAGUGGGAGAGCAUCAUGUCCUGCAGCUUAAAUGGGCCAGAUCUCAAUGUUGCUCUUAAAUACUCGUUAAUGUUAGACCAGUAUUUGCCUCAUGGUGUGAGUUCUAAUGCUUCAGCUAUUUUGCAUUCCUUGGUUGAAGACUACAGGUCUCAUAAUCAAGAAGUUACUGAUCUUGAAGCUUCAGCUACCUAGUGGAACUUGAACCGUGCAAAUGGAAUUUGCUUUUCUGAAUAUGAUACAAAUGUCACUAUCGUUCAUAGAAUGACAUUAUUUUUGCACGUUCGUGAAGGGUAGGCACAAACUCAAGAAGUAAAACUUUCACUGCAUUGCUCCAAGGAUUUUGGUAUAAUUGAUCAAGGAACACAGGAACAUUGUAACAUGCUGGUUCCUUCAUGUUCUUAUUUUGUGGCUGGGAAGUGGUGGAAUACAUUGAAAUUCUUAUUGUACGAUCGAUGUGCUAGUCAUCCGAAUGGAUUGAUAUCAAGUUGGCGAAGUACUCAGUGUUUUGUGGCAGGGUUGUAGACAGUGCAGUUUGUGAUGUUGAACAGUUCUUCACCUUGAAGUUUGGAACAUAGGAAGAGAUUGUGUUAAUAUUGCAAUCUACUCUACAUUGUCAGAAAGUUCGAUGUUUUAUUAUUCCGAGGAAAGGGAAUGACCAGAAGAUGAUUGCAAGGCGAUGCAAGACUCAGCCUUGCACAAGUUCUCUCAUUGAAAGGGAGAGGCAGUAGUCUAGACUAAAAACAGACGGAUCAUGUUUAUUAGAACAUUGCAUAUGUUUUUUGAAACAAACUAUGCAAAUAUAUCAAUCAGAAAAAUAUAAUCAUCAAUAUAUAAAGUAUGCAUUUUAGUAUGUA